AUGCCGGCAGACACCAAUGGAGGUGGAUCUAGUACAUCCUCUCAGUCAAAUCCGUAUGCAUUACCACUGGAACCCUCUUUUUUAAAUAUGGAACCGCAAGACGAAUUUGUAAAGGAGAUUGCAGACUGGGUCGCGUACAUUUCAGGGGGGCGACCAGAUAUAGAAGUAGAGGCAAAAUUUGGCGUGAUGGUUGAUAGAUCCAACAACCAGCGUGUGGCCUCGCGUCUCGGGGUACUCGUUGAAACAAUAUUGAACCCUCGAGAAGUUUCGAACAUGAAGUUUGAAUCAACACUGUCAGCUCGCCAACACGAACACUUGAACAAGAUGCUUAACGAGCGUGUAGCUCAGACAGCCGCCCCGUCGUUUCAACAUGCGCCAUUAUCAGCUCGGCAUCUUCAAACGCUUGACGAGUUCUUCUCAAUUCCAAACACACAAGACCCGGAAGGCAAGCUUCGCGUCUCCCGUGAUGCAAAGACUGGACAGCUUAUUGAAUGUCUCAUCAAAAGACGACUCGGCGACCUCCAUGUGCUAUGUCCGAAGCGGGAAGUAGAUUGGAGAAUCAGCGUCAACACCGAGGAAAAGGUGGAUAUAUCGAUGGUCACCGACGGGAUGAGGCCUCUGUAUUCGCGGAGAAAGGACCGAAUGCAAUAUGGACACCAACACUUUCACAUCGACCUCACUCAAGUCAUGGAUCAGGGAAACACUGUCACUCACGAGCUCGAACUUGAGUUUGCAUACCCGGAAGAAAUGCGCCGUGUACUGGAGCUUCGAGGGAGAGAAGGCCCUGAGGCGUGGGGUUAUGACCAACUAGUUGCCGUUUUCGUGAACAACUGCCGGCUCCUCUCACGUAACGUGAUCAAAAUGUGA